CAUCUUCGUUUUCCCGCCACCGCGUUCACGACGUAAAGCUGCGCUUUGACUCCGCCUCCUAAAUUUUCUUGCGGUUGGAACUGUAUGGAAAACGUUUACUGAUUGCUUUCUCUGUACCCGCGCCUCCUGGAUGCUUGGAGGACUGCUUCACCUAUGCUCGAAGGAAGUCUCUUGGACCAGGGGGUCUAAUCUAUAGAUGAAGGAACCAGUUUUUCAUCUUGAGGUUUCAUGAUAACCGAAUUGGAAGUUGGAAUAUCUAAAGAGGAAGCUUUAGAAACUCUACAAAUUGUAAGAAGAGAAUGUCUCACAGAUCAACCAAGAUGUGCUGGGACCUCUGUGGCAGACAGGAAGUGCACAGCACUGGAACUUCUUGAGCAGGAGCAUACCCAAGGCUUCAUAAUCACCUUCUGUUCAGCACUAGACAACGUUCUUGGGGGUGGAAUACCCCUAAUGAAAACGACAGAAGUUUGUGGUGUACCAGGUGUUGGAAAAACACAGUUAUGUAUGCAAUUGGCAGUGGAUGUGCAGAUUCCAGAAUGUUUUGGAGGAAUAGCAGGUGAAGCAGUAUUUAUUGAUACAGAGGGAAGUUUUAUGAUUGAUAGAGUGGUAACCCUUGCAACUGCCUGCAUUCAGCACCUUCAUCUUAUAGCAGGAACACACAUGGACGAAGACCAUCAGAAAGCCUUGGAGGAUUUUACUCUUGAAAACAUUCUUUCCCAUAUUUAUUAUUUCCGUUGUCAUGAUUACACUGAGCUGUUGGCACAAGUCUAUCUCCUUCCAGAUUUCCUUUCAGAUCAUUCAAAGGUGAGGUUGGUGAUCAUAGAUGGUAUUGCUUUUCCUUUUCGUCAUGACCUUGAUGAUCUGUCCCUUCGUACUCGACUACUAAAUGGCCUGGCCCAACAAAUGAUCAGCCUUGCAAAUAAUCACAGGUUAGCUGUUAUUUUAACUAAUCAAAUGACAACAAAGAUUGAUAAAAAUCAAGCAUUACUUGUCCCUGCAUUAGGGGAAAGCUGGGGACAUGCUGCUACAAUAAGGCUUAUUUUUCACUGGGAACAAAAGCAAAGGUUUGCAACAUUGUACAAGUCACCAAGCCAGAAGGAGUCCACAGUACCGUUUCAGAUCACACCUCAGGGAUUUAGAGAUGCUGCUGUCCCUGCUUCUUCAUCACAGACAGGAGGUUCUUCGAGUUUCCGGAAACGGUCACGAGAGCCAGAGGAAGAAUGCUGACCCCCAACUAGUGUCCAUGCGUACAGUUAGACUUAGGAUGUGAUAGUCAUUGUAGUACACAGAAGUAGCUUAUACUCUUUAAAGUGUAAACACAUACUAUGGCAGGAAUGAAUCAGAAUUAUAUGAUAUGAAUGGGAAAAUGAUAAAAGCUCCCCCUUUUUUUUCCCUGUGUGCGUAUGCCGUGGUGUACAUGUAGUAAGAGGACAACUUUUUGGGGAGUUGAUUUUCUACUUCUACUUUUCUUUUUAAUUUAUUUUUCUGUGUAUGGUGUAUGCCCAGAUCUCAGGGACUCCAAAAAGACCACUACAGAGAUUGAAUACCACAUGUAAAAGUAAAGAGCCUUUAUUUUCAAGCUCCAAGCUUGGUCUCUUUGUCUGUUGGACACAGCAGUGAGAGCAGAGAGCCCUGAGCUCAGGUUGGGUAGGGUUUUUUUUAUAUAGCAGAGGUUGGGGUGAGGGGAUUUCUAGUAUUCAGGACCCUGAUUGGCUGACAUUUGUCUAGGAGUAUCUGUAAAACAGAAAUAGGUGUGUGCUAGACUCAGGGACAUCUGGCCAUCUUAUCUAACCUUAUCUAAUGGUUGGAAGUUUGGGAUGUCAGAUAUUUCCCCUUAGAUGUAGGCCCUUUCUGGGUGGGGUCAGCUUAUGGCUUUUCCUGGGUCUGGGUGUUACCUGCCUGUAAGCCUGUUACAGAAGCUGUGUCUGGGCCUCUUUCCCUUGUAUGUAUGUUCACUAUGUGUGUGGUGGUACCUACAAAAGCCAGAGUAGACUGGUGGAUCCCCUGGAAUUGGAGUUACAAAUGACCCUGAGCCACCUUGAAGGUCCUGGGAACCAGACCCCAGUCCUCUGCAAGAGCCAAAAAUGUUCCCUAAUACUGGUCGGUGGUGACACACUCUUUAAUCCCAGCACUUGGGAGGCAGAGGCAGGUGGAUCUCUGAGUUCUAGGCCAGCCUGGGCUACAGAGUGAGUUCCAGGACAGCCAGGGCUACGCAAAGAAACCCUGUCUCUGAGGGAAAAUCCAGUCUUUUUCUCUAUUUGCUGUCUCCAGUUGAUUUUGACAAACAAGUCCAUGUGGCAGAUGGUGGUUGUGUUUGGAUUUCAUCUUAGAGUUAGAUUGUAUGAUCAAUUAAAAAGAUACAGAAUUCCUUUU